UUACCAAAAGCUCAUGUUGAAGCUCCUAUUGCGGGAUCAAUAAUUUUAGCGGGAGUUUUAUUAAAAUUGGGAGGGUAUGGUUUAUUACGUAUUUAUUUAUUAUUAAUUAAUUUUAUAAAGAUUAAUAGAAUUAUAAUGAGAAUUUCAAUUUAUGGAGGAAUAAUUGUAUCUUUUAUUUGUAUUAUUCAAAGAGAUAUAAAAAUUUUAAUUGCUUAUUCUUCAGUUGUUCAUAUAAGAAUAGUAUUAGGAGGAAUUUUUACCAUAAAUAUAUUAGGUAUUGUAGGUAGGUUUAUUUUAAUAAUUUCUCAUGGUUUAUGUUCUUCUGGGAUAUUUUGUCUUUCUAAUAUUAUUUAUGAACGAUCAGGAAGACGAAGAAUUUUAAUUAAUAAGGGUUUAAUAAGAUUUAUACCUUCAAUAACAUUAUUUUGAUUUUUAUUAUGUAGAUCUAAUAUAGCAGCUCCUCCCUCAUUAAAUUUAUUAGGUGAAAUUAUAUUGAUUAAUUCUAUAAUAAGUUGAUCAAUAAUAUUAAUAGUAUUAAUUAUAAUAAUUUCAUUUAUAAGAGCAAGGUAUAGACUAUAUUUAUUUGCUUAUAGUCAACAUGGAAUAAAGAAGAAUAAGAUUAUAUUCUUGUUCUUCUGGAAGGGUCGAGAAUAUUUAUUAUUAUUUUUACAUUGAUUUCCAUUAAAUUUAUUAAUUUUAAAAAGAGAUAUAUUUAUA